CACGGCUUUUAUAAAUACUUCAAAAUUAUCAAUGACGUAUACACAAUACAGUAGCGUCGUGUAGACUUAAAAAAAUGUUAUCCUCAAAAGUUGGAAAAACUACAAAAGUUAUCGUAUGUGGUAUGAAAAGUGUUGGAAAAACUACAAUAUUAGAACAAUUAAUCUAUGGAAAUGUUGAUGAGAAGACUGAAAUUCAUCCAACAAUUGAAGAUAUUUACGUAGCAAAUAUCGAAACAGAUCGUGGCACUAAAGAAAAAGUACGAUUUUAUGACACAGCGGGUUUAGAACAUUCUCAAACAAGUACCGCCUAUGGAUCAACAAAUCAACAAUUACCGAGACAAUAUUUUGGAUUUGCUGACGGUUAUGUUUUAGUUUACGAUACGGAUAAAGCAGAUUCGUUAGAAAUAUUAGUAGCAUUGAAAAAAGAUAUUGAAAAGAAUAAGGAUAAAAAAGAAGUUACGAUUAUUGUUGUAGGUAAUCAAAAAUCAACGAAAAAAUCGGAAAAUGUUACGGUUGAUAUUGAAACUACGGUAAAUAAAGCAAGUGCUUGGUGUGCAAGGGAAAAAAUUCGACAUUUCAUUGUAAAUAGUUAUGUAAGAAAUUCAAUGUAUGAAGCUUUUGUGCAUUUAGCAUCGAAAUUAAAUCCUCCACCAAGCAAAUCAACCUUUCCUCAAUUAUCAAUGGGACGAAAGACUGUUAAAGUUGAAAAUUCAUAAUAUUUAUUACUAUAUUUAUGGAAAUGCAUAAUAUAUUGAUUCAGCUAAUUUUUAAAGCAACUUAUCUGAAUAUAAAGUAAAUAACUACAGUAUUAAUUUAGACUAGGGAAGUACUAUGAU